AUGAGUAAUAAUCCUUCUCUAACAGAGAGAAAGUAUUACGUUGACCAGAAUAAAACAGGGUGGACUACUAGGAACAACUUCCAAGGGUUCCACCCACAAGGACAGAACAAUGAUAUGAACAAUACUAUGUAUGCAGAGGAAGGAAUUGGUGAUAUGAACGGAGCAAUGGCUAGGAACUCUUCCCUGGAAUACAACCCUGUUAGUAGACAGAUGCUUGAUUCGAGAGGGAAAUUCAAACCCGCUAGUCGUAAGCAGAAGGCUAGGAGAACUCUGAGGCAGAGCUUGCUGAAGGCUUAUAACAAUAAGCCUAACUUUGGAGGCACAGGAAUGAGAUUCAAUCAUAACAUAACUAAAUAAAAAGAAGCAAGGUAAUAUAUUUUCUGGAGACCAACAAAUUAACUUCGAUUCAGGCAUUAGAGUUAACCGGAACAUCCUCCCUUCUGAUUCAGGGAUCAUGAACAACACACUAACAACUGGAGAUAUGGAUAAAGGACAGAAGAAGAGAGUCCUUUCUUUUUCUAACUCAAAUCAAAAAAUUUCAACUGCAAGAGGCAGAAAGAGCUCAAACGAUAAUAUAUUUACCCUAAAACGACAAAUAAAGGAUCUGAGGGAGAUGCUUAAGGAGAAAGAUGUUAUGCUCAGAGACCAACGAAUGAAUAUUGCUAUGAAUACUAUCGACAAUACUUAUGAUGACCGUGACGCACUUGUUCAGGAAAACCAAGACUUGAGACACCAACUGAACUUAAUCACUAGCAAACAAGGUGAAACUAGUUUCAAAGAAAUUAAUAAUCUUAAAAGAGAGAACGAAGGUCUUAAGAAAGGGUAUAACCAAAUUAAUGAAUUACUUGAGCAAAAGGAUAUAGAAAUCAAACAAUGAGAAAACUUAAUUAAACAGAAGGACGAUUUGAUAAAAUACCUUAAAGAGCAACUCAAAGGGUACAUGAAUGACAGGAACCAGGAGUGGCAGAAGGUUAUGGAAGAGCAAAAGUCGCUAAAAGCAGAGUCAAAAGCCACAGGUAACAUAGAAGAUCCAGUGCAGAUAACACAGGAGUUCUUCCUGCGGUUCUCUUCAUUCUGCUUCAAGAAGAAAUUAACACUUUAUAAAAUAAUCCAUUCAAAGAUUUUUGAUAAGAUGAUAAAUGGAGUGGAAACCGAACUAAUUACUGUCAAGCACUUCUGGAGACUUCUGCAGAAAACUGGUUUUAAGACCAUUACUUCUGAAAAAGAGGCUGUUACCAGUCUUGUUAAGAACAAAAUCUUGUACGAUAUCAUAGAAGUGAAAGGACUUAAAUAAAAUAAUGGCUCAACUGGGGAUCCUUGAAAAUUUACCUGUAAGCACAAAGAAUUUCUGCUACGAAACCCUUAGUGGCGCAGGAAUCAGACUUAUGAACAGGAUCAUCAGAGAUACCGAAGGAGAUAUAGAGAGCUUUCUUAAGAAGGAAGGAGGCAUCCUCGAUCAUAAAAUAACGAAGAAGGUCAUUGCUGGAAGCAAAAGUGAGAUGAUCGAUGUUAUUAAUUCAGAUGACUUUCUGAAAAUACUUAAAAAGUUUAAAAUUAUGAAAAGAUGGGAAGAUCUGGAUGAGAAUCUCCAAAUCUUUCUUUCCCUCCCAACUUCUGGGGGACAAAUGAAGGGAAAACAAGAAGAUCAGAACUCGGUUAAACAGAAUCUUGAGAGUUCAACCAUAACCUUUUUAUCAAUACAAAAGAUCAGGAAAUGCCUCUCAGAUUUCCAAAAAUUUGAGUUCUUUGAGUACUAUGGUUACACCCAAAGAACAGAGGGAGAGAUUGAUUCAGAAGACGAGCCUGAUACAUUUAACCCAAUAGAAACCAUGAGGAACAGAUUAACAACAAUCAAGAACAAGAAAUCCUUAGUGAAGAAGGUCACUAUCAUGCCAGGGUCAGCCCAAAAGAAGAAUUACAGAAAAGAUCAGGAAUUUACCAAUUUCGACCCUGAAGACUAUCAGAAAGCCAAAACAUCAGAGAAUAGGAAGGAAGACUUCUACGAAGUAGACCUUAGUGAGGAAGAGAAUAGGAAGGAUAAGAAAACCGUCAUGUCAAUGAGAAGAAAGCAAAGAAGGACUACUAAAGGCAGGGAUAAGUAAUUAUACCUUUAUUCA